AAGCUAAACAAACCUCGGAGCGCUGGAGUGCUAGGGUGGGUCCGAGUGCAGAACUACAUUUCCCAGCGAGCAUCGGGUCCAGGGGGGACUUUUUUCCUCGGCCUGGACCUCCGGAGUCGCCACCGCUGCGGGCGCUGGUAAGGUAACUGGGGCGCUGGUUGACGUUUUGCUGGGCAAGUUCGCACCUCUCUCCCUCCGGUACCCUAGCGGGUGGCCAGCGGAUCGGAGGAUUCCGGAGGCUCCUAGAGCCUGGGCGGAGCGACUCUGUAGGCGGAUCCGGGGUUGAGUCAGCUCAGUGAAGGGUGUGGUUCUGGUGGGGUCUGCCUCUGAAGUUGCCCCUCGCACAGAGGGAGAGUCUGGUUUGUUCCUGCGGAGCGCUUGGGUUGUCCCGGCUUACAAGCUGCUAACGAGCUUCCCUGCUAGUCUGGUUGAUUUGGAAUCGCGGUCUGCGCUUACUUUCGCACCCUCAUCCACACCGUGACCUGAACACUUUUCCUUUUGUCUUUUUUUUUUUUUUUUUGGCUUUAACCUACGUAUUCCUAUUAUCAUUAGCACUGCUCUGUGAUUUAGGGGUCCUGUGGGUAGAGAAGAGUUUGUGUUUGUGCGCGCACGCUACAUUUGUAGUUAGACUUAAUAACCAGAGCUCCGAGCGUGUUGAGCUUUGCGGCACCUGACUGAUGGGAUUCAGAUUGCACACGGCGUCUGCCCGGGAGUCCUCUGGUCCGCGUACUUUUCCCCGCUUUAGUCUCCGGCCUCACGCAUUCAUGCCCCUGACAGAGGAAAACCUUUUCAAAAUGUCCAACAAAGAAUCUUGGAGCGAAAAAGAGAAAUCUCGGAGAAAAGUCAGCACUGCAUCACCCAACUUUGACGUAGAAGAUAAGACAGAGAAAAAAACUUCAAGUUCAACAAGUUCAUCUUGCUGUGUAAGGUCUGUUUCAUCAGAGAAGAGAAAACUGAAAUCAGAUCAUUCAGACAUUCCGUACUGUGAUGUAAAAAGAAGACAAGAACUGAAAAGAUUGAAUAUAGAAACUGACCCUCCAGGAAGGAGACCAAAAAUCAGUUCUUCAUCCCAAGGCCCUGUUAAACUCCGAGAAGCAUCAUAUUCAAAUGCUAAUCAAAUUAUUUCACAGAGUCCUUCUUCACAUGGAACUAAAAAGGAUCUAAGUAAAUGUGUAGAUUUUAAAGAUAUUAAAUUAAGAAAUGUUAGGAGUAAGCCUGACCAUGGAAUUAAAAACCUUAGCAGUCCUAAGAUGGCCAAAUAUGUAAAACCUAAAACUGAAGUCCCGGCAAGUGAAAAACAAUGGCCUCAUGUACUCGCUCAGAGGGAGAAGGUGAAAGAACUCAAGGAAAAAAGGCACAAGAAAUUUAGGGAUAGUUCUAAAAAAUGUGUUUUGGAGAAAUGCAAGAGAAUUCAUUUUUCUCAGGAUUAUAAUUCCAACAAGAUAAUUAAGGAACCCCUUGAAUCUAGAAGAAAGAAGAUCAGUUUCAAAAUCCCAGUAAAAUCCCAUGAUACCAUCCAGAAGCUUGUAGAAGAAAAUGUCUUCACUUUAGAGUCUAACAAGUCAAAGACUAAGCAGGAGAAAAAAGAAGGCCUGGAAGGCUCCCAAGUUUCAUUAAAUUUGAUCAGGCACAAAAGUGAACGUUUAUUUUCAGAUCCUACGUCUAAGCAGGCUGUUCAUGAGUGGAAAGGAAAAAGCCAUCAUGAGCAUCAAGAAAGUGAUUCAAGAUCCAGGGAAAACCUAAUCCAGAGUUUUGAAGCUCCAUGUUCUUCAGCAUCACUUGAAAGUAUCCAAGAUGCAGAUCAAGAGAUGCAGAUAGUAGAAGAGCUCCAUGCUGCACGUGUGGGAAAAAGUGUGGAUUUACCAGUGGUUUUAUCUUCCGGGGAGUUAACGAGCAUGGAGAUUGACUUGGUGGAAGAUGAUCUACAUUCCUCUGCUGCAAAUACUGCUUUGGACAAAAAGCUUCUAAUUGUUAUUGACACAAAUAUUCUGAUGAAUCACCUCAAUUUUGUUAGAAUUUUGAAGACAACAGAAAUCCCAGGCUUUGACAGACUUGUGUUAAUAAUUCCCUGGGUGGUUAUACAAGAGCUAGAUCGUAUGAAGGCAGGAAAACUGCUCAAACAUGCCCAGCACAAAGCUGUGCCUGCAGUGCAUUUCAUCAACGACAGUCUCAAAAAUCAAGAUAGAAAGCUGUGGGGUCAGUCACUACAGCUUGCCUCUCAAAAACUUUAUGGACUGAGUGACGAGAACAAUGAUGAUCGAGUAUUAAAAUGCUGUCUUCAGUACCAGGAAUUAUUCCCUUGUUCUCUUGUUAUUCUGUGCACGGAUGAUAGAAAUUUAAGAAACAAAGGCCUAAUAAGUGGUGUGAAGUCACUCAGUAAAGAAGAAUUGAGUGCAGAGUUAUUAAACUUAUCUCUGAACACAGAUGUAUGUCAUCAGCCUUGUAUAUCUAAACAACAAUUGAAAGCAGAAGCAACACUGUUAGAAGGGAGCUGUGAGGAAGAACCUGCACGUUCUGGAGUACCCAUUGUACUUGAAAGCAUGGUAUCUGAUCUUGAAAAAUCUCUUGGAACAGCUUUAUCUGCAAUACUAGAAACAGAAAUGAAAAUUGCUUUUGGAAACCUUUGGAUGGAGAUGCUGUACUUGAAGCCACCAUGGACUUUAAUUCAUUUAUUACAGUGCUUUAGAAAACAUUGGUUGGCUGUAUUUGGAUUAAUUAUGGAGAAGAACUUGCUUUUAACCAUUGAGAGCCUAUAUGAAAAUCUCUGUAAAGCUAACAAUGCAGUGGAUUUUACAACAGUGAAAUUUCUGCUUCAGGAUUCAAAAAGCUUGUUACAUGCUUUCAGUACACGGUCAAAUUAUGACGGUGUUCUUCCACAGGCCUUUGCUCAAGUCAACGAGCUCCUCCAGACAUUUGCAGAGGUCAAGGCAAAACUUAAGCAAAAUCCUUCAGAAACUACAGUGGGUAAAAAGCAAGAAGAUAUUUCUUUGACGAAGUCUAAUAACCAAGAAAUCACCAUUUUCUCAGGUUCUCAUCUUCCCCAGCCCAACAGACAUCAAGAAAUCUGGUCUAUCCUAGAGAAUGUUUGGAUUACAUUAUAUCAGAACAGUGUGGAUGUAUUUCAAAGAUUGGGCCCAAAUGCAGCUUUGACUUCUUCAAAAAUAGCAUCAUUUGAAGAAGCAUUUGUAUCUCUUCAAAAGUUAAUGGCAGCUGUGAAGGAUAUUCUUGAAGGAAUUCAGAGGAUUUUGGCCCCUAACAGUAAUUAUCAAGAUGUUGAGACUCUCUAUAACUUCCUAAUCAAGUAUGAGGUAAAUAGAAAUGUCCAAUUCACUGCCCAGGAACUUUAUGAUUGUGUGUCACAGUCUGAGUAUCGGGAAAAGUUAACCAUUGGAUGCCGCCAGCUGGUUGAGAUGGAAUAUUCCAUGCAGCAGUGCAAUGCAUCUGUCUAUAUGGAGGCCCAAAACAGGGGAUGGUGUGAAGACAUGCUCAACCAUAGGACCUAAAUGCUGAUAUAUAACUUAAAAGGAAUCGCAUUUGUCUUCAAGAACAAGAGUAGCCUUCUACCUUUUGAGUCAAACCCAAGAGACUUGCAAAAAAUGUCUCAUAGGUGCAAGAAGGUGAUUGCCUAUUGCUGAAAAUCUGAGGUUCUGAAAAAGCCUAAUGCAUCCAUUGUAGGAUAAACUGUGGACUCAACUCAUUGGAGUUAACAAUACCUCCCUACCUCUACUCCUGACACUGAGCCAGUCUGUCUAAGGAAAGGGGAGCCAUCUUUUAAAUCAUCUUAGGGCAGGAGCCACUCUGGCAUCUGUGGAAGGCCUGGGGGCACAGCAUUAGCAUCUCUCUCAACCCUAAGCAUGGGUUGCUGACCAGAGACACUUCCAGACCUCAGUAAAGAAUUAGGACAUGGCCAUGCUUACCAUCCCACGCAAAUGAAAUCUUACCCUGGGCCGUUUUAUGAUCAAGCUGUCUUCCCUGUAGACCUGGUAAACUUAACACACUUCCCUUCCACUUGCCCUAAGGUAAUGUAAGUAGAAUUUUGACUUCAGCUCCUACUUGCUAUAUAGUUUCUUGUCUUCUUCCCUGGGUUUGUCACUUUUCAGUGCAUUUCUAAUGGGAAGAACAGGGGAGACCUCUAUACUGAUUUUUCCCUUAAAUGUGAAGCAGCGUGAAUUUAUGGGAUUAGGUGGCAGGGAUUCAUAUUUGCCCCUAGCUAAACCAAGUGUUUAAUUGACUUCUUAUUUAGUUAAAGUUGGAAAUCCUUAUUUACUAGAGUAUAUUAUGCUUUUGUUAAUACAUUAGAUUAAAUCUAAUUUGCUCUUCUAUGAUAAAUGUUAAUUUAUUUUUUAUGAAACAAUAAAUUUUAUAUUUAGUAAGAUUUUACUUUUCAUUUUACUUCCAAAUUGUGCUUCUGAACUGUGUACAAGGUUCAUUAUGAUGAUAAAAGCAACCCUCUCCAAUAGAAGAGAAUCUACCCAGAUUCUCAGGGUCAAUCUGUGCAGUGCCCACUGAACUGUAUGUUUGCAUAGGAAGCCAUACCUCUAGCUGGGAGCUGGGGCUCCAAUGACAUCAGGGAUGUGAGCCUCCUGGGAGAAGCUUCCAGAGGAUCUCUUCUCUCUGCAAGAAACAGCCCCCACCCCAACACCAAAGUUUUU